AUGAGUUCAAUGCCUGAAUUUCUCAAUCUGCGGUCUCCCCAGAGAAAGAUUAGUGACUCACGAAUAAAACGGAUCAACAAAAUGUUUGACGCGAAGAUUAAAGAUGAGGUAUCAGUUGUUUCGAACAAUAGCACAAGUGUUUUGCAAGAUAUAUGCGGGCCUUUAAAUAUUUCUGAGGAGGAAGAUACUGUGAAGUACAAAUCAUCGAGUAAUGUUACUACUCCGGGGUCUGUAAGCUCCAGCGAAACGUUUGAUGAUGAAGUUAACCCACAGUUUAUGCCGAAGCUGCGAUCUAAACAAAGCAUUGUACAACUGUCCCAGCAUAAUACCCCAAAGAAGUCAAAUACAUUUCCAAAACGAAGACAACUGAAAGAGAAGCUUGGUGAUCCAUUGCCCUUACCUUAUCUUGACCCUCAGCAAAAAAUGGAAGUUGGUCGUGACCUCGAAUCCAGAUGGAAUACUAUAAUAUCGAACGCAAAGGUACGACAGACUAAAGCAGAGCCUGUGAAUAAGGCCAAGAGGGUAUUAGAAGCACCGUCUUUUGAAAGUCAAAGAAAAAUUUCCCGCAAAGUGUUUCAAUCUAGUGAAAUAACUACAUUGGAAUCCCAAUUGAAGGACACUAGUGCCAAGCUAGAUCGGUUGAUCGAUAUUUUGCAGGACAAAGAAACUUUAAUUGGCAAAUCAAUGACCUAUGAACCAGUGAUAUGGUUAAGUUGUAUCAUUAUUCUCGUACUUUGCAAUGUAUGGGUGUAUCAUUACCUAUGA